AUUAAUAACAAAGCUUAUUAACUACAAUAAAUACUAAAAAUGUCUGCCACUUCUGUUUUCGUUUCCGGUGCUAACGGUUUCAUUGCUCAACAUAUUGUCAAACAAUUACUUACCAAGGGUUACAACGUCAUUGGUUCGGUCAGAUCUAAAGCCAAGGGUGAAGAAUUGAAGGCUUUAAUCAAGGAUGAGAAAUUUGCUUAUGAAAUUGUCCCAUCCCUUACUGAAGAUGGCGCUUUUGAUGAUGCCCUUAAGAAACAUCCUGAAGUUUCCGUUUUCUUACAUACUGCCUCUCCAUUUACAUUCUCGGUCAACGAUGUUGAGAAUGAUUUAAUGAAACCUGCUGUUAAUGGUACCCUUAAUGCUCUUAGAGCCAUCAAGGAGCACGGUCCUCAAAUUAAGAGAGUCGUGGUUACUUCUUCUGCUGUCGCUGUCUUCGGUUUUGGCCCACAAUUUGAUGCCAACAAAGUAUACAAUGAAGAUGAUUGGAACCCAGUUACUUACGAACAAGCUUUGUCAAACCCAGUUUUUGGAUACUUUGGUUCCAAGAAGUUUGCUGAAAAGGCUGCCCAUGAUUUUGUUGCUAAGGAAAAAGUCAACUUUGGUAUUUCAUUCAUCAACCCACCAUAUGUGUUUGGUCCUCAAGCUUAUGCCAUUAAAGACAAGGCAAAUUUGAAUACUUCCAAUGAAGUUGUUAAUAAGCUUAUUAAGUUAAGCAAGGGUGAAGAAAUUCCUGUUGAAGGUAGUGUUUUUGUUGAUGUUAGAGAUGUUGCUCGUGCUCAUUUAGUCGCUUUUGAAAAGGAUGAAGCUAUCCUGAAGAGAUUAUUACUUGUUUCAGGAAGUUACACUCUUGACACAAUUGCUAAUAUUAUCAACAAGAAGUUUCCACAUACUACUGUUCCAAAGGGCGAUGAAUCUAGAAACUCAGAAAUUACUAAGGCUAUCCAUAAGUUUGAUAAUUCUAGAACUCAAAAGAUUCUCGGUUUUGAGUUCAAGCCUCUUGAAGAAUCUAUUGUUGAUACCGUUGGCCAAAUUUACAAUGCUUAGUUUGUAUAGUUUUCAUAGGUAAUUGAUUUAUUCUUUAACUCCUUCCAAUAUUAUACUUCUCGUUUCAAUCAC